AUGGUCAAACACUUUAGUGAAUUAAGGGCCCAUAUUCAUCAUGUUAGAAGUUGGUAUAGGUACACAUUGCGUAAUAUUAACCACGGUCCAAUUUUUAGUCAAGCCAAGAAAGAAAUUCGUGAUGUAGUACGAUCAACUAUACAUAAACAUCGCGGAUCUAAAUCAAGUUGGAAAGUUUAUUCACUUCUUCAAGAUAUUAGGAUACUAAAUGAACACAUAAGACAGUUGAAUUUACCGGGUAUAUCUUUGUUGCUGCAUAAGCAUCGAGCUGUUAAGGAAAAGAAGAACAUUGAACUCUUAGAUGUGUCAAGAGAAGUCAUUUUCCAAUCAAAUACAAACAAAAAUAGAGACCCAUUACGCAGCUUUCUGUAUUCUGAAAGGAAGAAAAUGGCAUUACCUAAUGACAUUCCAGAGGAAUAUAUCGAAAAGUUAAUCGAACCCCUUGUAAAACAUCAACGAGGUAUUAAUGCCUUCCAUAAAGUACAACUGUCAUUAUCCAAGGGCCCCCCUAAAACUUACUUAAGUUACACAAUGACUGGACCUGGUAAACUUUGGUUCGUUAGAUCCGCUGUAAAUAGACGUAAGAAGCAGUCUAAAGCUCUUGGGACUUAUAUUCGGUUUUGUCGUUUUACUGCUCAAAAGAAUUUGGACGCACUGAGAAAAUUAGAAAAGGAUCUUCAAUGGGCUUUGCAGGAAUAUGCCUGGGAGGAUUACCUUAAAACCGGUAAUCUAGUUCAUAAAAACCAAGACUUGAUUAUCUCCUAUAUUAUGGACAGAAAGAGCUCUAAAACUACAGGCUCAAAUCAGAUGGAGAGUUUAUCUCCUGAAAUGGUUAGUUGGCUGGAGCCUAUUAAACACUCAAUAAACUAUUUGCAUACUAAAAAAAUAAAGCUCAUAAAGAUUCUAAAACUUAAUAAGGAUAAACUACUAUUUGGUGGACAGUUCGGAUAUUAUGAUAUGCAGAGUCAGGCCGCUUACCAACGCAGGUUGAGGAGAUAUAAAAAUAUGCUAGGAGAGAUGCGUUCUGUCAACCCAUAUUCAGAAUCACACAACAUUUGGAGCCUUUUAAAGAAAUGGAACAUGAUAGAUACAGGAAAGAGAUAG